UUGACUCUGUUAACUUAACUGGUCAAAUGAUAAAGGAAUGUGAUCUGAUCUGCUGUAAUCCCCUUUCAAACUCUCCCUCUUACUCUUUCAUCUGAAAAUGGUUCUUUGGUUCUUCAUCUUCUCCUGUUUGUUAUGUUCUUCUCUUUUCUUCUGCUCCAUAUUGAGGGCUGAGCUAAUUACUUCCCUCCCAGGGCAGCCUCCAAAUAUUACCUUCAAGCAAUACUCAGGUUACAUUGUUACAGAUGCUCACCAUGGCCGUGCUCUAUUCUAUUAUUUCGUUGAAGCAGAAGCACAAAAUCCACUCUCCCUCCCCCUUACAUUGUGGCUAAAUGGAGGCCCUGGCUGUUCAUCUCUUGGCUAUGGUGCGUUUAUGGAGCAUGGUCCGUUUCAGCCCGGGAGAGAUGGCAACUUGAUCAAGAACAAGUAUUCUUGGAAUUUAGAGUCGAACAUGUUAUACGUAGAGUCCCCUAUUGGAGUUGGAUUUUCCUACUCAAACACGAGCUCGGAUUACUUCAAUUGGAAUGAUACUAAAACCGCUCAGGACAAUCUGCGUUUCGUUCUCGAGUGGUUCAAGAAAUUCCCACAAUACCGAAAUUCAGAUUUGUACUUAACCGGGGAGAGUUAUGCAGGUCACUAUAUACCACAGCUUGCAGAUCUGAUGCUAAAAUACAACAAAAAGAAAAACAUUAGAGCUUUCAAGCUGAAGGCCAUUGCACUGGGAAAUCCACUUCUGGAUAUCGAUAUCAGCAUAGAUGCGGCUGAGUUUCUGUGGUCUCAUGGAGCCAUAUCUGAUGAUUUGCUUGCCAUGAAACGAUCAAUCUGUAACGACACACGGGCCAUUUUGGAGAACAUCCAAGGAAAUAUGUCGAACGAGUGCAUUCUAGUAAACGGUGCCACGGGGGAGGAGGUGGGGAGUGAUAUUGAUUCUAGUGAUCUCCUCUUGCCAAUAUGUUUGUCCUCAAAUGCAAAACAACAAAUGGUUUUCUUUCGAAAUAAUCUUGUCACCACCCUUACAAAGAUUGAUAAGAGAGUUGCAGCUGGUGAUCCGUGCCUUACGGAUCGGAUAUAUGCGUAUUUACAGAGACCUGAAGUACAGAAAGCAUUGCAUGCUAAUACAACUUACCUCCCAUGGACUUGGGAUUUCUGUUCAGGAACUCUUCAAUACCAGAUGCAAAAUAUAGCUUCCAAUAUUAUGCCUACACUGUCAGAAAUUCUGAAACAUCACAUCCCCAUUCUGCUUUUCAGUGGAGAUCAAGAUACAAAAAUCCCUGUCACACAAACCAGAACCAUUGCAAAUAUGCUUGCCAGAGAGUUGAAACUCAUAGCCUUUGAAAGACAUGGUCCUUGGUAUGAUGGGGUGCAGAUUGCAGGGUGGAGUCAAUCAUUUGGUGGGUCAAUCUUGGGAAAAAAUGUCAGCUUUUUGACAUUUGCUUCAGUAAGGGGUGCAGCACAUGAAGUGCCAUUCACUUCUCCCUCGCAAGCCCUCACUCUUUUCCGUGCUUUUCUUAAAGGAUACCCUCCACCCAGAACAAGCUAAGGUCCAUUGCUUGAAGACUGACUCAGAACUAGUACACUUCUCUCUGCAUUUUACUUUUGCAUUGUCCUCUGUGAAUAGAUGAAACAAAUAAGAGAUAGUUGAUGAUGAAUCAAGCCCAAUCCAUUCUA